ACAGUAAGUGUCCGUGUAGGCGGCAGGACGUUUGAAGUUGACUUGGAGCUCUUGAAGAAACACAGCUGCUACUUCGCAAAAUGCUUCCACAAGCUCCCGCAAGAAGCGUUAAAAAUACCGCUGGAGCUUCAAGACGUCAAACCGGAAGUUUUCGAAGCCCUGGUGCUUUUCAUGGAGACUGGGUUUCUAGACGCGGAUCCGUUUAUGGCCUUGGACAUCUACGAAGCUUCCAUGCUGCUUGGAAUUCAUCGAGCCAUCAAGGAGAUCAAGAGGAUAUCGCUGAUAGGGUCCAAGAUGGAGCGCCUGCUGGUGUGGUAUCGCACGGCCAACAAGGGAAGCAGCGGCCGUGACCGCCAGGCAGCUCUGCGACUCGUGGCAUCUCGCUUUGACGAGGUGGUGGCCGACGAGCGCUUCCUGAGGCUGUCAGUCGCUGAGGUUGUGCCGCUAUUCAGCUGCUCACGGCUCGGAACUUCGGGGGAAGUGCCCGUGUUUCUGGCAGCACUGCGCUGGCUGAACCAUGACUACUGCAAGCGGCAGCAGUACGUCGUGCAACUGCUGAAGUGCGUGCGAUUUUCGCUGAUGAGCCGCGAAGAGAUUGUCCACUGCUUCCAUCCACCGCUCCUGAGCAACAUUACCCGCUUCCCUUCGGUCGCCUUCAUGGUCCUCGCCGCUUUUGGGGUGGUGUCGCUACAGGAGGAAGGCCGCGAGCACCUGCUCUCAAGGUUCGCCAGUCAGCCGCGCACCUUCCUUUGCCCCAAGCCGGACGAUCAGCACCAGACGUCAUUGUGGCCACUUCCGGGACCUCCUGAAGGCAGUGUGGCUCAGCGGCGACAUCGUGCCGCCACUGCGCUGCAGACCGCCUGGCGAGUCAGAAAGGCGCGCCGGGAUCUAGCCUUGAAGCGCCGCCAAGCAAAGGGAGUCUCAAUGACUGACGUUGCAGACACGGAUGUCGGGACAGCGGACUCUUAUGCGCCACGGACGCAUCUGCGUGAAAGUUCUCUCAAGAAUGUCAACGACACAAGCGGCGUCGAGGCAUCUAAAGAGGCGCAGUCGGUGAAAUCAAACGAGAGCGUGACAUCCGAUUCUUCGACCAGAACGAUGCCGAGCCCCGUGAAGGAACCCUUCACGCCGAUUCUCAAAGUUGUCAUCAAGGAGGAGCGCAGUGUCCGGGACAAGUCCGGAAUGGCGACGGACGACUCCCUGCUCCGGUCACAGGCCAGCCUCCUGAAGCUGGUGCCACCGCCGAAGAAAGAGGACAAGGUAAGGACGACGCCGGAGAAAGCACUUCCCAUACCCCCGAAGCAGCAGCAGAGCCCACGCACGUUCGCCGUGUCCUGGAAUCAGGCAGGAGGGAGCAGCCAGGAGCUUGCCGUCACCUCAUCGACGUCUCCACUGUCGCAGCAGCAACAGCAACAAACAGAGCCACCGCGACAGCAGCCCAGCGAACAACAGGCGCAAUCCCAACAGCCGCAACACGGAGCCGCAGCAGGCGCAUCCGUGUUCACGGUGCAGAUCGUGGGGGACGUGCAGUCUGCGCCCUCGAUGCCCAGGCCUAACAGAAGCUUCGAGUUCAGUUUCCCGGAAAAAGAGAGGAUGACAACACCUUUCCCAUGUGACUUCGACAAGGAAUUCGACAUGAAAAGCUUUCAAGAGACGGCGUCCUGUGCGGGUGAGGUACCUCGGGCGCGGUCACCGUCCACCCGGACCGCGCGUGCCAGGACUCCAGAGAGGAACAUCAGCAGCCCCACAAGUUUCCAGACAGUACGGACGCGAAGCGAAGCGGCAUGGGGUUUCGCGGAUGACUUCGAUCGAAAAUCACGUAGUCGAUUUUGGCCGUAUGAUGCAAAGUCGACGUUCACCAACUUGUCCGGAUCCUUCGAGAGCCUCGAUCCGUUCAGCAGGCAACAUCACGGAAACUUCGCAGUGUCGCCGAGCAUGGCCAAGCAUAUAGGCAAGGUGCAGCUGGUGACGGCCAUUGAACUGCCCAGCAUCUUGGUCACGGGAGGCCUCAACCUGGACACUGGCAUCAGCUCUUCGGUGGUGGCCUUCGACCCGUCGUUCAACACGCUGCAGCAGUGCAGCGUUCUGCCCACACCGCUGCACCAUCACCGGACCGUUCUCGUAGACUCUGACGUCAUCGUCGUCGGUGGCAUGUUGGAGUCUGCUGAUGGGCCGUACUUGUGCACGCGCCGUUGCUACCGGCUGAACGUGGCCAAGAUGCAGUGGAACCGCGUGGCCGACCUCAAGACGGAACGCGCCCAUCAUGGGCUCGUGUACUGCGAUGGCCGCAUCCUGGCCCUUGGCGGACUCACGCUCGGACGCAGGCUGGUGUCCAGCAUGGAGUACUACGACGUGAAACGCAACAAGUGGACCAAGAUGAAGGGCUCACUGCCGCAGCCCAUGAUGGCCAUGGGCGUGGCGCUGUUCCGCUCUCUCGUAUGGGUCGCCGGAGGUGUGGUGGGUUCUUCCGAGGAAGACCUGGCAUGCUGCACAGCCGUCCACUGCUACGACCCCAGGACAAAGACGUGGACAUCUACGGUGCCACCGCUGCCUAGAGCGUGCGCUUACCUAGGCCUGAUCUGUGCCUCGGGCAGCUUAGUGGCACUCGGAGGCUCCGUCUCCUUGGACCAGCUGCAGCCUGGAAGCGUGGCUGAUGUGCUGCGGCUGUCAGAUGACCAGCGCUUUUGGGAGCCGCUGGCAUCGAUGCCGAGGCCCUGCCACAGCUCUGACGCUGUGGUCUUCGGCGAGUCGCUGUACAUGUUCGGCGGCAUCAGCGACGGCCACGUGCUGGCCGACGUGCAGCUACUGCACAAGGGUCGCUGGUCCUUGUGCGCCCACCUGCCUGCCUCGGUGCUCGGGCCAAGCGUAGUGGCGCUGCCCGGAUCGCAUGCGGGCGCCAGCUCGGCUGUCAGCGCCACCUCUGAUCCCGUGGACAACAGGUCGGGACGCAAGGACGAAGACCUAAUCAUGUGGAGCUGGCACAACCUCUGAGGCCACGCGGGUCUUCCUAAAUCACGAGGAUCUAGCCUUAUUCGUUU